GUCAACUCGUUGGACUUGCAGCCGAAUAGAGUGGUUAUCGUGAGAAAUAAAACAUUUAUAUCGUUAGAAGAUCUCUUCGUUCUACAAUUACGAAUGGAAUGCCCGGUUUGUUUAACCAGUUUACAGAAUUUAGUUGGUAGACGUCUACCCUGCCAUACAACACAUAUAUUUUGUUCAAAAUGUCUCAGAGAAAUUGCUAAAUUUACAAAGUCAACGAUUAAAAAUCAGUUCAGCUGUCCUUUGUGUAAAGCUAUUAUUUGUUUGGGAAGAAGAGGAAUCGAAGCUUUGCCAAUAGUCGAAUGGGAACCUACGCUGGUUCAUAGCUUGAAUAAUGCCUUAAUUAAAAUGAGAAAUGAAUUAACAGAUAAGUGUAUUAAAGAGGACAAAAUACUUAAAGUUCAAAUAGAAGAGUUGAUCAGCAAUAUGGAUAAAAAGAAGGAAUUGAUAAAAGAAGAAAUUAGAAAUAUUUAUUUUAAGAGAAAUUUAAAAAUCUUUAGCAUUAAAGAUGAAAUUGACAAUCUCGACUUGAAAUUUGGCGAUGAAACAGGAGAAAGAAAACUAAAGAACUUAUUUAAAAUAAGAAGAAAGUUACUAAAUUUUUUGAAUAUGAAAUCGAACGAAACAAUUCAAUUACCAUUUAAUUUGGAUAUGCCUAAAAUCCGUCUACAAAUUUCUCAAAAUGACUUAUCACAAUGAUAACUCAUCAAGUAGACUUUUAUUACAAAAAUGUUUGCUAUUGAUUGUUUGUCUAACCUAUCUAUAUAUAUGGUUUUUUUGAAAAUUAAAAAUUGCGCAAUAUUUGAUGGUCUUUAAUCUAUUAGUUUUGUUAUUUU